GUGGAUUGAUUAACGUUGUGGGAACUGUUGCUGGCAGAGAUGUGAGCAGUGGUGAGGGUGGAUUACCUCUCACCAGUCAUUUGGAAUGUGGCCUUAUUGACCGAAGUAAUGUUCUAUCAGGCUUUAUUGACCGAGGUAAUGUUCUAUCAGGCCUUAUUGACCGGGGUAAUGUUCUAUCAGGCCUUAUUGACCGAGGCCUUAUUGACCGAGGUGAUGUUCUAUCAGGCCUUAUUGACCGAGGUGAUGUUCUAUCAGGCCUUAUUGACCGAAGUAAUGUUCUAUCAGGCCUUAUUGACCGGGGUAAUGUUCUAUCAGGCCUUAUUGACCGAAGUAAUGUUCUAUCAGGCCUUAUUGACCGAGGUAAUGUUCUAUCAGGUCUUAUUGACCGAAGUAAUGUUCUAUCAGGCCUUAUUGACCGAGGUGAUGUUCUAUCAGGCCUUAUUGACCGAAGUAAUGUUCUAUCAGGCCUUAUUGACCGAGGCCUUAUUGACCGAGGUAAUGUUCUAUCAGGCCUUAUUGACCGAGGUAAUGUUCUAUCAGGCCUUAUUGACCGAGGUAAUGUUCUAUCAGGCCUUAUUGACCGAGGCCUUAUUGACCGAGGUAAUGUUCUAUCAGGCCUUAUUGACCGAGGUAAUGUUCUAUCAGGCCUUAUUGACCGAGGUAAUGUUCUAUCAGGCCUUAUUGACCGAGGCCUUAUUGACCGAGGUGAUGUUCUAUCAGGCCUUAUUGACCGAGGUGAUGUUCUAUCAGGCCUUAUUGACCGAGGUGAUGUUCUAUCAGGCCUUAUUGACCGGGGUAAUGGUCUAUCAGGCCUUAUUGACCGGGAUGUAUAUGGAUACAACACUGAUGUAUUUAGCUACCUGGCUGAUGUAUGGUUUGGUGUGAUGACUUUGG